GCGGCCGUGGGCCCCGCGGGGUGGCCGGGCGGCGAGGGCGGCGGGCCCGGGGCUCAGCGGCUGCCCUCCUUGCAGCUCCGGGCCCCGCGCGGAGGCCCCCGGCUCCCGCGCCGCGUCCCUGCGGGAUGGACGAGGAGAGCUUGCAGAGCGCGCUGCGCACCUACGACGGCCAGCUGCGGCAGGUGGAGCUGGCGCUGGGGGCCGGCCUGGACGCCGCCGAGCUGGCCGACCUGCGCCGGCUGCAGGGGGACCUGAAGGAGCUCAUCGAGCUUACCGAGGCCAGCCUGGUGUCCGUGCGGAAGAGCAAGCUGCUGGCCGCCCUGGACGGACCGCGCGCGGCCCCGGACGAUGCCGAGUACCUGGCCUUCCAGAAGGCCGUGGCGGAGGGCGUGGAGGGGCCUGCGGCGCCCGGGGCGGAGCCGGAGACCGGCCCAGAGCGGGAGGCGCAGCCGGAAGCCCGCGGGCGCGGGCAGGAGCAGGAGCAGGACGAGGGCGAGGACGACGACGAGGGGGAGUGGAGCGGGAGGAAGGUGAACGCCCCGUUCUACAGCCCCUGGGGCACGCUGGAAUAUCACAACGCCAUGAUCGUGGGCGCCGAGGCGGCGGGCGACGGCCCCGCGGCGGUCCGCGUGCUCUACCUCUACCCCACGCACAAGUCGCUGAAGGCCUGCCCCUUCUUCCUGGAGGGAAAGUGCCGCUUCCAGGAGCACUGCAGGUUCUCCCACGGGCAGGUGGUCUCUGUGGAUGAGCUGCGCCCCUUCCAGGACCCGGACUUGAGCUCCCUACAGGCCGGCUCUGCAUGUCUGGCCAAGCAGCAGGACGGCCUCUGGUACCCAGCUCGGAUAACCGAUGUGGAUAACGGCUACUACACAGUCAAGUUUGACUCCCUGCUGCUGAAGGAGGCCGUGGUGGAGGGAGACAGCAUCCUGCCCCCACUGCGCACGGAUCCCACAGGGUCCUCUGACUCUGACAGUGGCGACGCGGAUGACUCCAGCUAUGCCAGAGUGGUGGAACCCAGCGCUGCUGACCACGGGACCUGCAGCUCUGCUUUUGGUGGCUGGGAGGUGCACACACGGGGCAUUGGCUCCAGACUUCUUGCCAAGAUGGGCUACGAGUUUGGCAAGGGUCUGGGCCGACACGCGGAGGGCCGGGUGGAGCCCAUCCAUGCCGUGGUGCUCCCUCGAGGGAAGUCGCUGGACCAGUGCAUAGAGACCCUGCAGAAGAGGACCAGGAGUGGCAGGGCCGGCACCCCGAGGCUCCCGAAAUGCCAGGAGAGGGGGCACGCACGCCCUCCCCCUCGCAGUGUGUUUGACUUUCUGAACGAGACGCUGCAGUGCCGGGCCCCUGGGGCCCUGGAGGCCGGGGCGGUCCCCCCCGGGAGGAGGAGCAGUAAGGAGAUGUACCACGCCGGCAAGAGUGCCAAGCGUGCCCUGAGCCUGCGGCUCUUCCAGACUGAGAAGAAGAUUGAGCAAACCCAGCGGGACAUCCGGGGCAUCCAGAAGGCCCUUGCCCGAAACACCGGCCGGCACAGUGUGACGGCAGCCCAGCUGCAGGAGAGGCUGGCGGGAGCCCAGCGGGAGCUGGGGCAGCUCCGGGCCCAGGAGGCAGGCCUGCAGCAAGAGCAGAGGAAAGCAGACACCCACAAGAAGAUGACUGAGUUCUAGAGCCCCCGUACAUGCAGUGGACAGAGCUCAGGGCCCCCAGCCCCUGGCUGCCCUCUGGAAGACUCGUUGUCACCCAACAACUAGACACCACCGGAAGAGGGCCCGGCCUGCUCCCACUCCGGCCCCCGCACCCAGCCUUCUUGCUGGCCACUGCUGAAUGGAGAUGUGGCUGCAGGGGCCACUUCUGGACACUUCCUUGCCCGUUGAGCCCACCUGCCAGUGUCUUAGGGGGUUUCCUUAGCAAGGACAUUAAAGUGAUUGUGUUCUGGUGUCUUUCAGUG